UAUAUACUGUAUAUAUCAGUGAUUCUUGAGAAUAGGGACAAAACAGGUCCCAUGGAUAAAGUACAAAAUUUGAAUAAAAUAUACACCAAAUAUAUAUUUUUUAAAUAUCUGACUAAACUAACCUGGGUCAUCUGAGCACAACAAUGUAUGUUUUCCUGGUGUUUGCUGAAUAUUUUUUUAUUUUAAACAUUGUAGUAGGUGAAUGGUGUCUGUAAAAGCCCUUGUCCUGGUGUAGAACUCAAUACAUUAUCAUAGUUUAAAAGAACUAAAAUAAUUAUAUUUAGUUGUCAUAAUAUAUUAUUUUAUAAGUAUUCAAACAACUAACUUCAUAACUAUCAAUGAAUGCAAUUAAAAGUCAUUUAAUGUAUUUUCAAAUUCAAUUGAAAUUGUGUCCUCAGUUUUUGUCAACACCGUCAGACAUAGAAAGAAUGUGAAAAAAAUCAGGCAUUAUUGAAAGGCACCAGAAAUUCUGAGGACCCCAUGACCACUUCCUUUCUCUUCCUGUGCUUGGGGGGAUAAGCAGCUCUGGUAAGCUUAUAUUAUUCUUUUGUUUUUUCUUCUUUUUUAUUCCUAAGUUGUUUGUCACAACCAUAAAGUGUCAACACCAUAAGUAACAUUUUUCAAAAUUUUGAUGAAAUUUUGUUAAAUAAAUGCUUAAUUUUAGUAUAUUUUAAGGAUUUAAAAGAACUGAUGAGCUACAAUAUGGCCUCCUUCAGAAUAUCAUCAUAUAAAUGAAGUUAGCAUGGCGUUUUGUCAACUCCGUCAGAUGUCAACUCCAUCAGAUUUUUUAACUGACGGUGUUGACUCUCUUAGUGAUGGUGUUGACAAAUGUCACUUAAGUGUGCAGUUAAUUCAUUUUACUGUAUUUUACAUAAUUGACAGCACUUCACAUUCAUCAUGUAUUUCUUUUUAAAAAUGUUUCUGAUUAUUUUCAGCAACUUGUAAAGUUUAAUGGUUUAAAUUUAAUACAAUUUUAUUAGUCCUUUAAAAUUAAUAAGAUGUAGUUUAUUUUGUAAGGGAAGGGUAUGUUUAUCCCAUGACAAGCAGUGUACUGAUGAUAAUUGCCUAUAUUUCAGGCUACAAUGGCCAGAGAAAAGCUGUCAGUGGAGGAGCGCAAGAGAAGGAACAGGGAGUAUCAGAAAAGAAGGAGAGAAAAAAUAAAUAGCCAGCCUGAGCUGAAGGAAGAGUUUUUAAGAAAGGAAAGGAAAAGAUGGAGACAGAGAGUGGAAGAGGGAAAAAUAAAACAUAUCAAUAAUCUGGGUGAAAGAGAUAAGAGACGUAAGAGAAGACUUUGGAAGCAAAAACAAAAGGAGGCAAGAGAACGCAGAAGUACAAUCCUGUCACUAUGGACAAAAUCUCCCGCAGAUCACACUUCACACAGGCAUGUUCUACACUGGGCAACAAAAAGCAGGAUUCUGCACAAUCUCGGAGUCAAAGCGUCAGGAUGCUGCAGCCAUAUGGACCUAUAUGGAUCAAAUCCUCACAGAUAUUCACAUCAGAUAUCCGGCUAUAAACACUAUCCACUUUUGGUCUGAUGGUCCAAGCAAACAAUAUAAAAAUAAGAAGAACUUCUUUCUCCUCUGUGUUGUCCCGCAACGUCUGGGAUUUGAGAAAGCUACAUGGAAUUUCUUCCCAACAUCACAUGGCAAAGGCGCUCCAGAUGGCAUUGGGGCGACGGUGAAGAGAUGUGCUGACAGUAUUGUGCUGAGAGGUCAGGAUAUCAUAGAUGGCAAAUUAUUCUUUGACAAGGUGUCCAACAGCUUAAGUGGUGUCAAGCUGCAAUUUGUGACAAAUGAAGAUUUUCAGUCUUAUGACUCUCUCCUCCUGCAAACCCUGAAAUCAAUUCCAGGAACAAGAAACAUUCACCAAGUGCUAGCUCAGGGGAAUGUCAUCCAUUGUAGGUUCCUUUCAUGUUUUUGCGGAGAGCCACAGAUUUGCAAGUGCUUCAGUCCCACCAUUCACUCUUUUGGCAACACAACACAGGACCCAGAUGUCCAUGAAAGUUCAACCACUGCUAAAGUUCAAAAUCCUCUGGAAAUGCUGAUGGAGGAAAUGGAGAAGGAGCCGAGCAAGACACCUAAAGGAACAACAACCCUGAUAGAUCCUUGUGAUGUCCAAAGUGAAGACUGGCUUGUUGUGAUGUAUGAUGGAAAAUGGUGGCUGGCUAAAGCCUUACAAAUUGACAAAGAGCACGAAGAUGUACAAGUGGAAUUUUUUCAUCCUCAUGGACCAACUCUUAGCUUCAAGCAAAAACAAGGUCGUCGGGAUAUCUGCUUUGUGCCAUUUUCGGAUGUCCUAGUUAGGCUGAGAAAACCAUCCUCACCAGUCCGCACAAGCAGCACCAGGGGUGUAUACCGCAUUUCACCAGCUGUUAUGGAUUUUAUUGAAGGAGAAUAUGUGACACGUCUAUUGCCUGGGGAUUAAAUAUUCUGACUUUUAAGCGAUUUAGAAAGAUAUGAAUUAGUUCACAAUAUAUUUCAAAAAGUUCUGUCGUGUAUAUUUUUGUUUGUAUUCAUCUUUUACAUUUUGAUUGAAAAUCGUCCUGGUUGAUGACUUCAGUGACAAAGGUACAUUCUCAAAAAUUUAGAUGUUCCUUGAAAUCUAAAUAUGGUUAUUUCACAUUUUUUCUUCAUAUCUUCACAUUCUACAACAUUUCAGCAUUUAAUUCUUCUUAAAUGUCAUUUCAAGUUCAGUGUUUUCUUUUUACUUACUAGUUUGUCACCACCAUCAGUUUUGUGUCAACACCGUCAUGUGCCGUCAACUCUGUUAGAUGUAGUUU